AGACGAGAGAAGCGGACUGAUUUCCUCUACUAUGGAUGGGAAUAUCUACGAUCAGUUUGGGGAGGCUAUUGACAAAAGGCUUGGAAGAGUGAGGGCUGAAGCCCAACGAAGAGCGGCAGCUGGGCCACCACCCCCUGCCAUGUUCAGGCUAUCGCAGGAAAAGGAGGAACCACCGUUUGGAGUGGAAGAAGUGGGAAGCGAUGAGGAAGUGACUCAAGGGCUACGAGGAGGAAGUGAGACGGAAGAGGYCAUAAUCAUCGAGUCAGAUGACGAGGAUGAGGAGGAAAGAACGGAGCGUCCGUCCGUCUUAUUUAAGAAGAUGGAAGACUUGUUGGAUAAGAUGGGGAGGUACCAACAGAAGUUGGUAGGUCUCUGUAAAGAAGUGAAAGAAUGGAGGUCUAACAUCCCCACARUAUUCCUCUAUGACUCCGGCCCGGAGUCAGCGCCUGGGCGACCUGGAGUAAAUAUGGUGGGGUCGUGCCCACAAUCAGGAAUGAGGGGGAGACCUAUCACUCCGCAAGCCCGGUUGGCGCAGGCAGCGCGAACGAGGAAUCAAGCCAAGGCCAGUACCAGUCAAGAGCCUCCAAGGGGGGAACACGAACCAGGGAGAAGGAAAGAGGYUGUGGAAGUAGAGGACGACGAUGAUGAAGAGGAAGAGGACGAGAGGCUGCGCAGAGAAGAGGAUCAGAGAGCGGAGCAGCUGGCAAGGAAAAAGAGAACCAGGGGAGAGGCCGAACCGGUCAUACAUGACGGACCGCCCAAAAAAAAGAAAUACGCGGUCCAGUUGGAAGAGGGCUUUGAUGUAGAGAAGGUGAUUGACCGGCUGCUGGAAGGGCAUAAUGACCUCAUGAUCCUGAAGGAAAUCCUAGCGUCAGCCCCGCGACUCCGCGAUGAACUGAAGGGGAGGUUAUCACGGCGCCUGGUGCCCAAUGUCCAUCUGGGUACGAUCCUGCCCAAGGAGGCAGAGUGGGCAGAGUCAGCUACGAAGAUGGACUGGAAGUGCGUAGCCUGCGGUACGGUGGAUUUGAUGGUGAAGGGUUCCAAGUGCGCAGCAAUGGUGGACACCGGGGCAGAGAUGAACAUUAUUCGGGAGGUUGACGUAAUCGGAUUCGGGCUGGAUAUAGACCGUUUUGACUGCGGUAUUCUGCAUGGAGCCAGCUGUAAGGCCAUGUUUUGCGGGACAGCCUCGAAUGUGCUCGUCGAGGUUGGAAAGGUGAAGGCCAGGGCACGUUUCUUCAUAAUGCUAGACGUGGACCAUGGAAUCCUCCUGAGGAGGUCAUUCCUAAGCAGGACAGAGACCGUGAUGUUCAACAAACAUGAUGGGACGUUGAUCCUCCUCUUAUGCGAUCCUGUCUGCGAAAAUUAUGAAAUAAUUACUUGCAGGAAUACCGGGCCAAUGAGUAUAAGGAACCGGCCCAAUCCAGGAUCAUUCACAAUCGAGGAGUCGGAAGGGGAGCGCAGGAGGCUCUGGGCAGAGCCCGAAGCAGGAGAGAGGGUGGAAGUAUUUUCCCUCAGCUUGUCAGAUGUUGGGAAGACCAUGAACCUGGUGGCCGCGCAUGAGAUGGCAGAUCCGGAUGCCAUCCAGGCCUUGAGGGAACAAGUUCUGGAAUGCUCAAAGGCAGGAAGGCGGUACAAGACGGUAGAUAAGAAGUGCCGCCUGGAACCCGUCCUCGUUACAGAGGACGAGGAAGCAUAUUACGAGAGGGAACGAGGGUUGAUUCGACGAAUGAGGGAAAGUGCUUUAGCAGGGCCAUGUCGUAUCAACGAAGGGAACGAGAAAGAGUUGAUCAUAGGGGAUUCUGAUUUCCUGCUGCCUCAGGAGCGAACGUUAAUGGUGGAAUUAAUGAAGAGGAAGCAUCGCGCCUACGCGUUUCGUAACGAGGAGCGUGGCAGGCUAGACGUAGAUAAGAUACCUAUGAUCCGCAUCCACACCGUGCCACACGAGCCUUGGAACAUGAGAGGGGCGCGAUAUCCCAAUCCUGACGAGGAAAGGAAGGUGGUGGAUUAUCUCGACGGCAAGAUACGUACUCACGUCGCCGACUAUUCAAGUGGACCGUAUGCGUCCCCGUGGUUCUGCUUUAUUAAGCCUAACGGAACGCCGCGGUGGGUGCAGGAUUUGCAAAGAUUGAAUGCAGUGACCGUGCGAGAUGCUGGAGGACUGCCGAAUGCAGACGCGCUGUCGGAAUCCUGUGCUAUAAGGCCUAUAAUUUCGCUUAUAGACCUUUACUCAGGAUACGAUCAGUUCCCAGUCUACCCGCCGGAUAGGCCGGUGACAGCUAUGCACAUGCCGCGAGGAUUAGUCCACAUGAACGUGGCCCCACAAGGGUGGACCAACGCAGUAGCAAUGGUCCAACAGACCAUGAUUCGGGCCAUGCAGUCAGUCAGCCCCCGUAUCACACAGCCAUACAUUGACGAUUUGGCAGUGAAGGGGCCGGCGAUGAAAGAGAGCAACGAAGUCUCACCAGGGGUAAGGCGCUUUGUCUGGAAACACAUCCUGGACCUCGAAAAGGUCCUGAGCCUGCUCGAAGAGCAUAACCUCACGGCAAGCGGGGCCAAAUCCAGACACUGCAUGAGGGAAGGGACUAUCUUGGGGAUCGUCUGCACUGAGAAGGGCCGAAGGCCGGAUGUGAAGAAGUCGGACAAGAUUACUGAGUGGCCAAUUCCGUUCCACUCAAUAACUGAUGUCAGGAGCUUCCUUGGCUCGUUGAACCCGGCAGGGAAUGUGGACGAAAUACCCGAGAGCCAGGACGACGAGUUCGAGGAAGGGGAAAUUAAGGAAGCUUUUCGUGCAGAGGAGUACGACGGGAUCUACCUAGAGCUGGGGCUUCUUCUGUCAUGUGAAAUGCGGCUAAGAGAUGUGAGCGAUAGGGCUCAAAGGAUGGUGCAACGCUACUUAGUGCGAGACGGUCACCUUUUCGUGAGAAGGGAAGUGGGAAAUCCCAGGAGAGUCGUCUGCAGUAGGAAUCGUCAGAUCGACGUCGUAGCAGCGCUUCACGAUGGUAUUGCAGGAGGACAUCGAGGGGUACAAGCCACAUAUGCCAAGAUAAGUGAGUUGUACUACUGGGAUGGGAUGAUGGAUAUGGUCGGAAAGUUCUGCCGAUCUUGCGUACCUUGCCAAGAAAGAUCUUGUUUAAAGCAAGGAGAGCCGCUGCAUCCUAGGCUAGAGCGAGAGGUGGGGGUUGUAGUGCAUCUCGAUCUACUUUUUAUGCCACUUGGGGAUCAAGGCUAUAACUAUAUCUUCGAUGUGCGCGAUAACUUGUCUGGGUUCGUAGACGGGCGUGCUAUUCGCACAAAGACGGGGUCAGUCCUGGUGAGCUGCAUCGAGGAGUACUACCUGCGUUAUCCUUUCAUCAGGGAAUUCGUAAUGGACAGGGGAUCAGAGUUUACCUGCCAGGAGGUGCAAGAACUGUUAUCAAGGUAUGGUGUGGCAGCCAACUACACCACGGCUGCGCACCCCCAGGCAAAUGCUCYCGUAGAGAGAGGACAUAGUACCAUUACGAAUCUCCUGGCCAAAUGGACCGAAGAUAUUUCUCGGUGGAGGGCGUCGCUUCAGGGUGAGGGGCAUGGAGAGCAGGCAGAGGAGGUGUCACGAGAGGAGGUGCCACGAGAGGAGGCGCCACAGGGGGAGAUACCACGAGAGGAGAUGCCACGGGAGGAGGUACCACAGGAAGAGGUCCGGGGUACUCAGCGAGAGAGAGGGUUGGGCGAUGAGGGGAGACGUGCAGGGAAGGAAGUGAUAGAGGUUGGAGAGGACACGCCCCCACAGGCGCCAGCAAUGGAUUUGAGACUCGGGGAUGCACCAGGUAGCGUUUGUCAAGCAGAGGAGAGAUUGCGGAAAGAGGAGGCCCUACUUCCUUCAUCAGAGAGGGCUCCAUCGCCAGAGGGGAGAGCCGGCAGGAGGAGAGAAAGGGCAGCUGUAAGAAGGGAAGCCUUAACCCUGAUUGAUAGGCACCUAGCAGCUUAUGCCCUGGAGCAUCCAGACCUGGAGGAGCCAGCACCUGCUGAGCCGCGCCGAGAGCCGUACCAACCCGAGAAGGAGAUGGAAGCAGAGAUCCCAAAGAGGGUCGACCUCCGCACGAGGGAAAGGGUGCCAGCUGGAGAGACGGCUGAAGAAAAGAGGGCGAGACGAACCAGGCGGAUAGAUGAGAUAUGGCAGGAGAGGCAGAGGUUGGAGGCAGCGGGGGAGCUCCCGGAGCAGCAGCAGGAGAGGCAGAGAUCGGAGGCAGCAGGAGCACUCCCGGAGCCUCGCCAGGAGCCACCUAUGGGGAGGGUUAUCCUGGAGUCAGAGGAGGCGAGAGCACAGAGACAGGCGGAGAGAGAGGCGUUCGAGUUCAGAGCCCCUACCGAGCCCGCGACACUGCCAGUAGCAGUGGCGGGCCCAGUCGUACCUUUGGCAGUAGAGGAGGGGCUGCCACCAUCUAGCAGUAAGCCGGCUCAGGGCUCAGUAAAGGAAUCCAUGGGCGUGCUCCUUGAGGCGGUGCAUACUAUGCAGGAGGAGGUGAGUUUGUUUUCACCUGAGCAGAGGAUAGAGGAGCCUCUUGAGAGAGAGAUGGGGAUUGAGGAGGAGGGUGCCAUCGAGGGCAGACUCCAGAGGAUAGGCACACCUGAGUAUGGACCAGAGGAGAUUGAGGAGCAGCCCACGGCAGUGCCAGGGGCGACACUCGAGAGGAGGCCUCAGAGGUUGGACACGCCCGAGUACGUCCCAGCGACAGAGGAUUUGAGAGGCAGACUAGGAUCUUGGGCUACUGGAUCUGGGUCUGGUAGACUGGUUUCGGGGACAGAGCAGCAGGAAGUCGUUAGUACCGCAGCUCCUCGAUCAGAGCAGCAGGGGGGUGUCGGUACCUUGGUGGGAUCUCCUUUAUCGCCACCUCCUCAGCCCAGGAAGAAGAAGUUCAAGAGAAAGGUAGAUCAGCUAUGUUUUUACUGCAAGAGGGACGUGCAUCUAGCUUUGGACUGUCUCGAGUUUCUUGAGGAUAAGGCAGCAGGGAAGAUCUCAGAGGUAGGGGGUAAAAUGUAUGAUAGACAGGGUAGGAUAGUAGAGAAGUCCGCAGAUGGACUUAGGGCUCAGUUAUAUAGGCAAAACCAGGAAGAGUUGAGAAGGUAGGGUCGGUUUUGUCUAUAUAAGUGAGCGAGCAUUUUGUAAGGCAUC